GGAUAAACAAUACCAGCUAUUAUUUGAUGAAUGAAUUUAUUAUACUAACGUCAAUAAGCACUAUUUUUCCUCCAAAGUAUCAAAUUGAUUGCCUCCCUUCAUCCGCCUGUCAUCUUCUCCAACUAAAACUUCCCAAUUAAACCAAUAGACAGACAGGCAUUUAGCAUUCUACUGAUUUUUUUCCUGUAACCUCCACGCGUUUUUUUUUUGGAUAAUUAUCUCAACCCUUCUUUAUUUUUUCUUGCCCUUCAUUGUUCAACAUUCGUUUAAAGUUUUGAUCUUUAUUGGUUAGGAGUGCGGAAUUUCACAAUAGGGUAUUGAAAACCCAGAAUAAUUUUUCUGGGUUUUUGUGUUUUACCCCUCUUUUUCAUUUUUUUUGUGGGUUUUAUUGUUACUGGUGUCAUGAAGCAUGGUUUGGAGAAUGGGGAUACGGUGGUGCCGAUUUUGGGUUGGAAAGGAAGGGAGGAAGAAGAUGACCUGAAAGGGGAUUAUGUGAAAUUGAAUGACGGUGAUUUAGAAUGUGGUUUUUGUGGGACAGAUAGGGGAUUAGAGGCGGUGGAGUCUUCUGCAUCAUCAUCCUCCUCUUCAUCCCCUUCUUCCACUUCAUCUUCCUCUGCUCCUUUAGCUUCUUGUUGUAAUGGAUUUUGGUGUUCUUUGUGGUGGUGGGCUAAGCUGUUGCUGGUGGGUUCUUCCUUAGCAGUUUUGGCUGCUGUUUUCUUUAAAUGGAUUGGACCAUUUUUUAUGGACAAGGAGAUCAUCCCUAUUAUAAGUUGGGAAACUCGCACCUUCAGUAGACCCAUUUUGGCACUUAUAGUUUUUGCUUCUGUUGCGUUCUUCCCAACAUUGUUUCUUCCUUCUUCACCAUCCAUGUGGGUGGCAGGAAUGACCUUUGGAUAUGGUUUUGGAUUUUUACUCAUUAUAGGAGCAGUGGUUAUUGGUGUAUCGCUUCCAUUUUUCAUUGGUUCUCUUUUCCACCAUCAAAUUCAGGGCUUGCUUGAGAGGUAUCCGAAAAAGGCAUCAGUUAUAAGGCUGGCAGGUGAAGGGAAUUUUUUUAAUCAGUUCCGAGCUGUGGCCUUGAUCAGAAUUUCUCCUUUUCCGUACAUUAUUUAUAAUUACUGUGCUGUGGCAACGGAUGUUAAGUAUCUCCCUUACCUCUUGGGCUCACUUGUUGGCAUGACUCCAGAGAUUUUUCUGACACUCUACACGUACGGAUAUCCUGUGACUUCUUCCCUUUGUUUUGUUUUUGUGUUUUAUCAUAUUUCAUGAGUACAUGUAUUCUGGAAAAUUUCAGAAUAGUCUGAGGCAUAAGCUAUCUAGUGUGAGUACAAACAAAUGAUAAGAUUUACACGAUAAGAUUUAGAUGCUGAUGACCUGUGCUGUUCUUUUCAUGGUUUUCUUAUAUCUCCAAACUUUUGUUCUCAAUUCUUUCCAGUUCUUUAAGUUGUUUAUUGUAUCAUCUGACAGUACCGAGAUAUUUGGUUAUUGGGCAAGUGGAAUGUUUUCUGCCAAUCCAGUCCUGGUUGUUUGUUUUGUGAUAUUUUCAGUGGCUAAUCAUAACCAUGUUGCUCUUUACCUGGAUUGUAACAUGUCACAGCAAUAUUAUGGUUUUGUGUGGUCUCGAAAUCUUUCCAGAAAAUCUCUUGAUGGAUCAAGUAACUGAUAAUUAUUACGGAAAAAGUGAGCUUCUUCCCUGGCUUAAUGUGCUUAAGAUAUUUUGAAGUUGAAUCUGUUUUGAGCUUCAAGUUAGGUGUCACAGGUUUUAAUAGACUUCUUUUGCAUGUGCUGUAGCCUGUAGGAGGUUGAGUGAGAAAUUAGAUACAUAUAAUAACAAGAGGGAAUUGAUAUAAUUAUUUUCAAUUUUUAGUUACUCAAAAUGUGUGUUAGAAACAGACUGUGAGUUAUUACUCGCUUCUUGGAUUAGAUGUAAACUCUUAGAUUACUUGAAGUAGCAAUGCAUCUCUUCAGUUGGUCACUUUUUUGAUGAUGGAUCGGAAAUUUGCCCAUUAUAUUCUGUUAGUUCAUCUGUUGACCCUUCACUUAUUAUUGAUCACCCCCUCUCCAGGCUUUUCUUUAAGCAUCUUCCUUUUUCUCAUCAGAGGCAUUCCUAUUCUUUCUGGAACAGACCUUCCAUUAGUCAUAUUACAGUUCUGGACUCCGACUGCUAUGAUUUGGGAUGUCCAUUCAGGAUAGAGUUUCAGCGAAGUUCAAGCUUUUAAUAGAUGAAGAGACUAUGAAUAUUCUAACUGAUGUCCCCAUAGUGUGUCAAAAGGUAUUUGUGAGACCGAAGAUUGCAAGCAGUUUAUUAUAAGCAGGUUCAAGCUAGGAUAACAGUGAUUCUAGCUGAAAAAGUAGAAACAUUCUUGAGUCUGUUGUGCUAAGUUUCCUUUUAGAGAUUGCCUUCAUCUCUUAUAAGUUAUUGUCAGCUUCCAUGUUUGCAUAAAAGGGCUAGCGACUUAGGGACUGCAGCAAUUGAGAUCAGAGCUGCGUUCUAGAUAGAACGUAUUAAAGCUCAGUUAAAUUGGAGUUGAAUUGUUAGAGGUUGCAUAGUUUAUCAGUCUUGGUAAAACCCUCUUCUCACAGUGAAUUGUGAUCUUAAUGCUCCCGUGGUUAGACUUGGUUUUACUUUUAGAUCUGUUACUUUUGUGAUGGUAUGAAUGUCUUUCUAUGCAAAUCCACCCCUGGUUCUCAGUUUUGUCUUGGAGAUGAAUGUUUUCUCAAUUCACUACUGCUAUCGGCACUGUAUUGUAGUAGUCUAUUGACUUCAUUUUGCUUAGCAUACCUCUCUACCCAGUAAUUUUAGGUGACUUGAAUAUUUGACUUUUGUUUCUUUGUUCAGGGUGAACUAACAUUAUUUUGAUAAUCUGUUCUCUUUGUUGCAGUGGUAUUCUGAUAAAAACUCUAGCUGAUGCUUCGCAUGAUCAUCACAUGUUGUCGGCUCAACAGAUAGUUUUGAACAUCAUCGGUUUUGGCAUUACUGCAAUAACCACAGUAAUAGUAACAGUGUAUGCAAAAAGGCGGCUCAAAGAACUGCAGAGGGAAGAGGAAUUAUUGCUUCAGUGAGUGUGUUGUGCCAUCUUUCACCUGCUUCAUGAAUGGGACUUAUUUGCCUCCAUUUCAGGUUCUCAAAUAGCACUGGCAUGUUGCUAUUUGUUGAUGGAUGAAGAUUAUUAAAGAAUUCAUCCUUUAGUCGAUUGUUGAAUACAAAGAAGAUGCAUCGACUAGACUGGUGGAAUGAUGAUUGGAAAUUCAGAAAAUGAGGAAAACAGAUAGCUAACCUGAUUGAUAUUCAAUACCAAAUUUGUAUAGUUUUUUCAUGAGGAAUCACAGUACCGCUAAUCAUUGCUAUGUCUGUUAAAUCUCACUCUAUAUUGGCCAUUAUUUUAUGGUGCAUUUGUACAUAAGAAAAUCUGCUAUUGGCUCCAGGGUCUUGUAUUUUUUUAGUUUUUUUUUUUUUUAAUUUUAAAAAUUAAAGUCGAGACUUGUUAGUAUUCUCGUUUCAGAAAAAAU